GAUGCAGGAGGCCAGCGGGGUGCUCAAGGAGGGCUUCCUCGUCAAGAGGGGACAUAUUGUUCACAACUGGAAGGUGAGAUGGUUCGUCCUGCUUCAGGAUAAGCUGCUGUACUAUAAACUUGAAGGAGGCAAGAAAGAGCCUUCUCCAAAGGGCAGGAUCCUUUUGGAUGGCUGCACCAUUACUUGUCCAUGCCUGGAAUAUGAGAACAGACCGCUGCUUAUUAAACUGAAGACAAAAACCAACACAGACUAUUUCCUUGAGUGUUGUUCCAGAGAGGAGCGAGACUCCUGGGCUUUGGACAUUACCGGAGCUAUUCAUGCUGGCCACCCCGUGCAGGUGCAAGAGCUUCACAGGAUGAAGAACUCCUUCAAGCUGCUGGCGAAUAUCAGCCUCCACCACAUAGUGGACAAAAUGCACGAUAACAGCAGUGGAAUUAAGCUGACCCCCAACAUGGAGCAAGGCAACAGAUACAAAGAGACCUUUACAGGUUCUGCCGUGGUGGACUGGCUGAUCUCCAACAGCUUUGCUGUGUCACGAUUCGAGGCCGUCACCUUGGCCUCCAUGCUGAUGGAGGAGAACUUCAUCAGGCCCGUGGGAGCCCGCAGCAUCGAGGCCACGCGUUACAGCGACCUGUCGGAGCAGUUCCUCGACGACUCCACCGCGUUGUACAUGUUUGCUGAGAGCUAUAAGAAAAAGAUCAGUUCCAAGGAAGACCUGCAGUUUAACGUCAGUGAAUUAAGUGGCACAAUUGUGAAGCAAGGCUAUUUAGUGAAACAGGGGCACAAGAGGAAAAACUGGAAGGUGAGGAGAUUUGUUUUGAGAGCUGACCCUGCUUUCUUGCACUACUAUGACCCCACAAAGGAAGAAAACAGGCCAGUGGGAGGAUUUUCUCUUCGUGGCUGCCUCGUCUCAGCUCUGGAGGACAACGGAGUCCCCACGGGAGUGAAGGGGAAUGUGCAAGGCAACCUCUUCAAAAUCAUCACCAAAAAUGACAUCCAUUAUUAUAUCCAGGCCAGCUGCAAAGCAGAGCGAGUGCAAUGGAUUGAGGCCAUCAAACCUCUGACAUGA